AUGUUCCGAUCAGUGCGACGCCUCCCUCGACGCGUUCCUGUUGCGGCCAUCUCUCCCCGGACAUUGCGGCCAUUCACAUGCGGUUAUCCUCGGAUGACGCCCGUUCACCCCCCGGUGUCCACAACCUUGCCUUCGGACGCCUACCAGCUGCUAUCCACACAAGAAAAGGCCGGUGAAGCUGAAGAUGCAUUGUACGACCAACAAAUUAAAGAUGUGGAAUCGUGGUGGGCUUCCCCUCGCUACGAAGGCAUCAAGCGCCCGUACACCGCCGCAGACGUCGUCAGCAAGCGCGGCUCCCUCCAACAAACAUACCCCAGCUCAUUGAUGGCGCGGAAGCUUUUCAAUCUCCUCAAUGAACGCGCCGCUGCUGGUCAGCCAGUUCACACAAUGGGAGCUAUCGACCCCGUACAGAUGACGCAACAAGCUGCAAACCAGGAGAUUCUCUAUGUAUCUGGCUGGGCAUGCUCUUCGCUUUUGACCAGCACCAAUGAGGUUUCUCCUGACUUUGGCGACUAUCCAUACAAUACCGUUCCGAAUCAGGUCCAGCGCUUGUUCAAGGCUCAAUCGAUGCAUGACCGGAAGCAGUGGGACAACCGGCGGAAGUUGACUCCUGAUCAGCGGAAGGCGACACCUUACAUCGAUUAUAUGCGACCCAUCGUCGCGGAUGGCGAUACGGGGCACGGAGGCUUAUCGGCAGUCUUGAAGCUGGCCAAGUUGUUUGCGGAGAACGGUGCCGCGGCUGUGCACUUCGAGGAUCAAUUGCACGGUGGAAAGAAGUGCGGCCAUCUUGCUGGCAAGGUGCUCGUUCCAAUGGGGGAGCACAUUAACCGACUAGUGGCUGCCCGAUUCCAGUGGGAUAUGAUGGGUUGUGAGAAUUUGGUGAUUGCACGCACAGACUCAGAGAGCGGUCGACUUAUUAGUAGCGCCAUUGACGUGCGGGAUCACGAAUUCAUCCUCGGUAUCACGGAGGAGGUGGAGCCUCUGGCGGAGACUCUUCAAGCGAUGGAGCGCGAAGGCGCCUCGCCAUCCGAGAUUGACGCGUUUGAGCUGGACUGGGUCAAGAAGCAUAAGCUUGUCACUCUUGACGAAGCUGUCGAUGCCCAUCUCGAGUACGAGGGAGCACCACAAUCAUCCCGUGAUGGUUACAAGGCGUACGUGAAGAGUAACCCCGACCUUUCAUUCUCUCGUCGUCGUGCGCUCGCAAAUGACUACGCCAAGACCCCUGUUGUCUGGUCAUGCGAUAGCCCACGCACUCGAGAGGGAUUCUACCACUACCGCGCCGGUUUCCCCGCCGCCACUAAGCGCGCCAAGGAGUUCGCUCCUUACGCAGAUCUCCUCUGGGUUGAAACUGGUGACCCAGAUGUGCAGAAGGCGGGCAGUCUUGCCGGUGAAGUCCGCGAGGCAUUCCCUGGCAAGAAGCUUGUCUACAACCUCAGCCCUUCGUUCAACUGGAUGGGACAAGGAUUCAACGAGGCUUCGUUGAAAUCUUUCAUUUGGGAUAUCGCUAAGCAAGGAUUCGUCUUGCAACUCAUUUCCCUGGCAGGUUUGCACACAAAUGCCACUAUUACUACCGAGCUAUCUCGUGCGUUCAAGGACGAAGGAAUGUUGGCUUACGUCCGUCUGGUCCAGUCGCGCGAGAAGGACCUUGGUGUCGACGUUCUCACCCACCAGAAGUGGAGUGGCGCUCCUUACAUGGAUGGUAUCAUGGGUGCCAUUCAAAGCGGCAGCAGCAGCAGCAAGAGUAUGGGUGAAGGCAACACAGAAAAGGUCAUCGACCGCUCUGUACAGUACUACCAAAACCUUCGAGUUUUCAUACGCAAUAGUUUCCAAUACAAUAAAUGUCAAAGGACAAGAUUUUACAGACACACUCUUUUUUUUCACAACCCAGGAUUCGAAUCAAACCUACAACAGCUAGGAACUUCACAUGCAUGGAUGAUGUUGAUUCUUGGUAAUCUUGUUGCAGAAGAGCCGAUAUCGCCUUCAACCUGA